UUAGAAAUUAUAGUGUUGAAGGUUUUCUUAUCUAUAUUGUUAUAAUUCUACGCCCACAUCUCUUUUGUUCCAAUAUCUUUAUCUCAUCCCCACACUGACAAAUCCAACCGCCCACCGGCGCUUGCGCCGUCUCAGCUGCCUCCGACGUCAGUACACAACCAACCUCCGCCGCGCGCACACGUAUCGACUCUCCGAAACAAGAUGGCUGCUACAGCGUUUUCAACCCCAGUGAACACAGUGACGAGAGAAGCCUUAACAGUGUUAAUUACAAACAAUAUCCUGAACAAUUCGGUGGAUUUCACGCCUGACACUGAAAGGAUGGAAACGGACUCGCCAGUAAGAAAGCCCAACAUGCAUCCCAUAAGCAAGAAACUCUUCCACUCGCCUUUAAGCCUGGAUGAGUCAAACAAAGAGAACUACGAUUACACUCAGCGAUCGUCUGACAGGAGCAGAAAGGCCAGAAAGAGAAAGCAGAUCCUCAUCCCUGACUCGGGAGAGAAGAUUAAGAGAGCAUACGUCACGGAGUGCGAGCGGGACGGGUAUAGCCCAGCAGAGGGCGAGGGAAUGAGAAAGAAGGUUUUGGUUAGUCUGUUUCAUAACAAGGAGUAUUCCAUGGAAAUGGAUAUCUGAGGAUUUGAAUUUUGAAUUUGGAUUACAGUAGCUUUUU